UAGGUUCUGGUCUUCAGAUGAACCAGGAGGAAGCACUGAGAGGUGUCAGUUUGGAGGCUCUCAGUCACAUCAUGCAGUCUUCCUGUCAUCCGAGCAGCUCCCAGUUCAACCUUCUUGCUGAGGGGUUUGGCACCAACCCUGGCUACCAGAGCCCCUGUACCAUCCAGACCUAUAACAAUGUGCAGGAGAAGACAGAGGAGCCUGUAGCAGAGGCUGUUUACUCUGAUGAUGACGAGCGUAGCACUGCCAAUGACAUCGGAGUUCUCUGUUCUGUCUGCAAGAUGAGUUUCCGCAACACUUCUGAGCUCUUGAGCCACAGGCGGUCUGUACAUCGGGGGCAGAUCAGCUGUGAAUUUUGCGGUAAAAACUUUGCCAACACACACAAUCUAAAAAUUCACUCAUUUUCCCAUACAGGAGACACAAGAUCAAAAUCAUUUUGUAAUUCUUGUGGAAAGGGAUUUGUUAAACCUUCUGACUUGAGGCGACAUGAACUGAUUCAUGCUGGAAGGUAUUCAUGUUUAGAAUGUAACAUCACUUUUAAUACUGCUGAUGAAGUCAAGGAACACUCUAAAACACAUGAUGAUUUUUCUGGUAAUUGUUCAGAUUAUAAUAAAGACUUUGACAGUCACCCCUCUCGAUCAGAGUUAGUUGGCGAACAACCAGAAAAAGAAACAUUCACAUGCGAGACUUGUGGGUUGACUCUGGAAAGUAAAUUUGAUUUGAAAGCACACUGUCUAAAACACACAGAUGCCUCACAAAACAUUUGUGGAACUUGUGGUAAAAAUUUUAGCCGACCCUCUGAUCUGAACAGGCACUCUGUUAUACAUACGGGGGAGCGGCCGUUUACAUGUUCGGAAUGUGAAAUGAGUUUCACUAACCAGAGCAAUCUGAGAAUGCACCUCAUGACACACUCUGAUGUUAAACCUCAUCCAUGUACGGUGUGUGAUAUGUCAUUUCGCAGGUCAGCUGAUUUGGAACGACACGCCUGUCUUCACAGUGGGGCAAGACCUUAUGCAUGCAAUUUGUGUCCGAUGGCAUUCACCACCAGUUAUAAUUUGAAGAUUCACCAACUAAGACACUCCGGAAGCUUGCCUUAUCCUUGCUCUCAGUGCAAAAAAGCCUUCAGCAAACCAUCAGAACUGCAGAGGCAUGCUAUUGUCCAUUCAGGUGAACGACCAUUUACAUGCCCUCAGUGUGGAAUGAACUUUUCAAAUUCCAGUAAUCUUAGAAAUCAUAUGAUAACACAUACUGGGCGUCGCCCUUAUCCUUGUAGUAUUUGUAAAAAAGCUUUCACUAGGCCUUCCGAUGUUAAAAGACAUGUUUUAACCCACACUGGUGCUCGACCAUUCGCUUGUCAUAUUUGUGGUCUAGCGUUUGCUGACUCUUCAAAUUUGAAGAAACAUACCUUAACACAUUCCAAACAUUUAACCCAUUUAAACAGAUCAAUGUUAACACUUCCGUACCAUUGUCAUGUUUGCAAUAUAACGUAUAGUUCUUCAGGAGAUUUUGAAGCCCACAUGAGGAACAAUCACAACGAGACGUCCAAGGAUUUUUUGGGUAAAGUGGAUGGCAUCAAACAAUAUACCUGUGCGAUCUGUGGCCUUCGGUUUGCCCACGCGAUUCAUUUGCAGGAACAUUCACUGAAUCAUGAUCGAGAACAUUCAUUCCAGUGCGAGAUUUGUGACAAAUCAUUCUCCCAAGAACUGUUUCUCCAGCGGCAUCUUCUCACCCAUACGGAAGCUCGACCCUACGAAUGUCCUGAAUGUUUCAAGUGUUUCAAAAGUUCGUCUCAUUUAAAAAAAUCAUAUUCCGAUUCAUUCUGGUGUGAAGCCUUUUGUAUGUGUGACUUGCAACAAGGCAUUUUUGAAGAACGCUUCGUUAAGACGGCAUCAGUCAAUCCAUGCCAAAGGAAACACUGUAGCUUGCCACAUUUGUGGGAAGAGUUUCCUUAACAUGGAGUACCUCAAGAAGCACAGUGUGACUCAUGAAUCAUAACCUCCCCGAGUACACUAGUGUUAUAGACCUCCCUUAAGCUUUCUGUGAUAUUGGCUGGACUAGGUAGCAUGUAGUUAUUUAGUUUUAAUCUUAGUGAUUCUUUAUUAAGUUAAAGCUGCACUCUAAAACUAUUAUACACAGUUGAAACAUUAGUAUAAAAAUAUUAAACUUUAAUAUACCUGUUAGUGUAUACCAUAAUACAAAGCACUUAUAUUAUUUUUUAAAGCUAAAUUGUGAAGCAUAAAGUGUUUGGUAAAUACCAAAAACUCUUUUUUCA